GCGUGCGGCGAAGCGGCGAAUUUAGAGUGCGGAUGCACAAAACAUCAUUAAAAACCAAAUAAACUAGAAAUAUUACACGAAUUAGUGCAAAUAUAUAUAAAAAAAACCAACUAAUUAAGAUGACGGACAUUACGGCAGCCAGCGAGGGAAAUUCCAACAGCAGUGAACCUUUAGUAGAACAUCAGCAGCCGACGCCAGAAUUUCUACAGCGAAAAAUAUAUUUUCUUGUCGACCAACUACGCUCUUAUCACUCAGAACUUCCAGAAAACCUACAGACACGUAUUUCUUAUGACUUACUCACCGAACUCGCUAACUGUGUGCUGAAUGAGGGGAUAUUUGUGAUAGUUAAAGCCUUAAUGGAAUUGCAACACGAAACCGAAAGACAUUUGAUUAAAAUGCGAAUGCAGGUGGAAAACGAGUAUGAAAUUGAGGUGACCGAGUGGAGAAGCAAAAUCAAGGAUCCCGAGGAGCUUCACCACAUUUUGGGACUGAUGAAAAUCAAGCACACGAAGAAACUACUAGAAUCGGACAAGAAGAUUAUUGAAAUACUAGAUCAAAAGGUUAACGACCAACAAUCCACACUCCAAAAGGCCGGCGUUCCCGGUUUUUAUGUGACCGAGAAUCCCAAAGAGAUAAAAAUACAAAUGUUCCUGCUGGACUUCAUUUUGCGUCUGAGUCGAUUGAAAUACGAGCCCAACAAAUAACCACUAAUUAUAAAUCCGGAGCCCACAAAAGACUGCACUUGACUUGUUUAAAUUAGAAUAUUUAAGGCAAUUAAAUUAUUAACCCUGAUCAAAUGUC